UGACUUCUAAUACAUUCUCAUUGGUAAAAAUAUAUAGGUAGAACCACAGACUAAUAAUAAUAUACUACGUAUACAAGUAGAACUGUGUUUAAAAUAUCAAAAUAUGUCCCGGCGGGAAGCCCUGUUCGUGUAUUGUGCCAUCUAGUGUGUACAGAAGAUACUCAGUGUGUAGUGAAAGUUAAAGGUCGCAAACAAUGGUAGUACGCGAUACUACCGCAAGAUGACACUCCCUUCACCACUUGGUCAACGGAAACUAACUUGGAUUGUAGAAAUUGGAGAAGUUCCUCCAUACAGAAGUGGGCCAUAUGAGAAACACCUUAAUUACAGCAAAAAUGAAAGAGAAGACGUGCAAAAGAAAACUUUCGCGAAAUGGAUCAAUUCACAACUAGCCAAGCAUGGCAAGCCGCUCGUCGAAGACCUGUUCCAGGACCUGCGGGAUGGCGAGGUGCUGCUCUCCCUGCUCGAGAUCCUCACCGACCAGCAGUUUAAACGCGAGCGCGGGCGCAUGCGCGUGCACCACCUGAACAACGUGAACGCUGCGCUGCGUGCGCUGGCCGCGGCCGGCGUGCGGCUCGUCAACAUCAGCAGCGGCGACAUCGUCGACGGGAACCCCAAGCUGGUGCUAGGUUUGGUGUGGAGCAUAAUUCUGCACUGGCAAGUACACUACCACCUCAAGGAGCUCAUGUCGGAACUGCAGCAGACCAACCUCGAGAAGACGCUGCUCGCCUGGUGCCGAACGCACACACAGAAGUACGCGGGCGUGGACGUGACGAACUUCAGCAGCUCGUGGGCGGACGGGCUGGCGUUCAACGCGCUGCUGCACCGCUGGCGGCCGCAGCUGUUCGAGUGGGCGGCGCUGGCGGCGCGCCCGCCCGCGCAGCGCCUCGACCACGCCUUCCGCCUCGCGCACACGCACCUGCACAUCGACCGCCUGCUCGACCCCGAGGACGUGAACACGCCGAACCCGGACAAGAAGUCGAUAAUGAUGUACGUGAUGUGCCUGUUCCAAUCGCUGCCGCACGGCGAGGCAGGGGGUGAGGGGGCGGAGGGCGAGGCGGGCGAGGCGGGCGAGGGGGCGGAGGGCGAGGGGGCGGAGGGCGUGGCGUCGCGGCCGCUGUCGUGCGCCACCACGGGCUCGGCGGAGCUGGGCGCGUACGGCGGCGCGCUGGAGGAGGCGCUCACGGCGCUGCUGGACGGCGAGGAGCGCCUGGCCGCGCACCCGCUGCCCCAGCGCCACGACUACCCGCACCCGGGCGACCAUCUCGCCGCGCUCAAGGAACACUUCCAUACGCAUGAGAAAUUUCUCCUAGAAUUAUCGGAGCAGCAGUGCCGCGUGGGCGCCGUGCUGGAAGAGGGCGCCCGGCUCAUACGGGACGCCGCUCUUACCAAAGAGGAGGCCAACGAGGUGCGGCUCCAGAUGCGGCUGCUGAACGAGCGGUGGGAGGAGCUGCGCGUGGCGGCCAUGAGGCGGCAGGCGGCCGGCCACAGCGAGCUCAUGCGGGCGCAGCACGACCACCUGAACGCCUUCCGGCAGUGGCUGACGGCGACGGAGGACCGCAUGUCGCGCAUGGAGGCGGCGCGCGAGCCGGCCGCGGAGGCGCUGCGCGGCGCGCAGGCGCUGCACGCCGACCUGCGCACGCAGCAGCCGCUCGUCGACGCGCUCGCAGACUGCGUCGUCGUCGUCGAUGAUGACCACGAUGCGGGCGUGACGGAGAUCGAGGACCAGCUGCGCGCGCUGGGCGAGCGCUGGUCGCACGCGUGCCAGUGGACGCUGGCGCGGCUGCAGCGCUUGCAGGCGCUGGCGGCGCUGCACGCGCACAGCCACUCCCUGCACAGCGCCGCCGACGAGCUCGAGCGGGAACUCAAGCAGAUGGAAGCGAACCCGGUGAGCGAGAUCGGGGCGGUGCUGGAGCGCAUCGCGGCGCUGCAGCGCUGCAAGCACUCGAUCGGCGUGCAGCGCGUGGCGCUGGGCGAGCACGUGCAGCGGCUGGAGGCGCUGCAGGCGUCGGACGGCCCGGCGGCGGACGGCGAGCUGGCCGAGCGCGCGGAGGCGCUGCACGACCGCCUCGACGCCACCGAGAUGAUCCUGCGCGUGCAGGUCGACCGGAUCAAAGAACUGGGUUUCGAGCUAGACAUGAGCAGCACGGAGUCGUCCCCCACGCCGACGGCCGGCGACGCGCGCAGCGUGACCACCACGGUGACGGUCAGCCACAGCGCCGCACACAGCGCGAGCCACAGCAAGAAGCCGCGCCUCGACCGGCCCGGCGACUUCCAGCUCGGCUACUCCGUGUUCGAGACCUGGGCAGACGAAACCGAGCGGGUGCUAAAAGAGUGCUCGGAGCAGCUGUCGCAGCGCGGCGGGGCGGAGGGCGGGGCGGCCCGUGCGGCCGUGCGCGGCGCCGUGCAGCGCGUGCAGAAGGAGAGCGAGGAGCAGCGCAGCGACUUCGCGCACGUCGAGGAGAUACACGCGCGCCUCGCGCAGCAGCACGCGCUCAGAGAGGAAGCCCAACGACACGCAGAGAGCAUUGAAGUAUUGAAACGACGGUGGGAGGGGAUACAGCGCUCCCUCCUCGAGAUACGGAACACGAUGAACCUCCUCGAGGACAAGGAGAACUUCGAUGAGAACCUCGCGGCGAUACAGAGGGACAUGGACGACAUCCACGCGUGGAAGGACAAGAUGUUGAAGGAGAAGCCCUCCAACAACCAACUGAUUCACCUGCGGAACAAAAUUCGACUCAUGAAGCAGAUCGAGAUGAAACUCAAAGAACUGAACGCCCAAUCGAUCAUUUUGCUGACGAAAGCGAUACCGACGUGUCACAAGGACGACAUCGAAGCUGAUACGAAACGAAUAAAUAAAGCAUUCGAAGAGCUGUUCACUCACCUCAGCGGCAAGGAGGUGGAGAUCAAGCUGGCGAUCAACAAGAAGCCGGUCGACAAACACGAGGACGAGUACAAAAUGGUGCAGAAGAAGGUGCAAGAUAUGGAGAACCAAAUCAUCGCGGAACACGCGGUUAUAUCGUCUAAAGAGGAUAUGGAAAGAAAACUAGAAGAAUUAAAGCGAUUGAAGAAGGAUUUCGAAGAAAUACAAUCGACAUAUGAUAAUGUCGUCAAAGACAGGAAACAGAAUUACGAAAGAGGAAGCGUUGAGGAACUAAACUUCAGGAGUAGCGUCGAGAACUUGGUGACCAGGUUCACGGAUUCGCAAGCGAUCCUGGGACAGAAGAUACAGAAGUUGGAGAAAGGUAUCGAGCUGCUAGACGCCCUGAGCUCAGAGACGCGCGAGGUGAGCACGUGGGUGCAGCGGGUGGGCGGGUUCGUGGCCGCGCGCGCUGACCUGCCGCUCGGGGACGUCGCCGCGCUCGAGGACCUGCUUAUUGAGAGCAAUAAUUACGAUGAAAGCAAAUCAACUUACAAAGUGAAACUCGACAAAAUAGAAUCAAUAAAGAAUACGAUACUGGAGGAUUGCGACGAGACUUUAUCGAAGCAUCUCAAAGCCGAAACCAAAGAGUUGCAGAAACGUUUCAAUGACGUCACCAACGCGUCGUUCAAGCUCAACGAGAACUUGCGGCGAAGCCUCGAACGGGUGGAAAAUGUGAUUCGACGUAUAGAUGAGAUGGAGAAGUGGUUGGAAGAGAUUGAGAAUGAGAUCCCGAAGGAGGAGGAGUGCGAGAUCCGGGACAGCGGCGAGCUGUACCAGAUGAAGACGCGCUUCCAGACGUUGAAAGAUAAAUGCGAUGACAAGACUACGGAGUUUAGGAAUUUGAACGAAGCCGGGCACGACAUCCUGGUGUCGGCGGAGGGCGCGUCGCAGCUGGCGCGGCGCCUCACGCAGCUCAGCGCGCACUGGACGCGCGUCACGCACUGCAUCUACGAGCGAUACAAGGUGCUGGCGGAGGCGUGGCACGAGUCGGGCGAGCUGCGCGCGUGGCUGGCGCAGCACACGGCGUGGCUGGACGGGCUGGCGCGGCGCCUGCGCGGCUCGCCCGCGCGCGCCGACGCCGAGGAGAUCUCCGACGAGCUGUACGACCUGGAGAACUACCUCGCCAACCGCAGCACGGAGCGCGAGGCGCGCAUCGACAGCAUCGGCCGCGCGCUCAUCGACGCGCACAUCAUGCCGGCCUGGAUCCGCGCCGAGCUGGACCGCAUCGCGCAGCGCGGCUCCGCGCUCGCCGACCAGGCUGCAGCUCGCACGCGGGAGCUGGAGGCCGCGGCGCAGGAGGCGGCCAAGAGUGAGCUGUCGCUCGACAACCUGCACCAGUGGCUGCUGCGCCUGCGCACACAGCCGCCCGCACAGGAUCAAGUGGAGGCGGAGUUCUCGGCGGCGCGCGAGCUGGUGCGCGAGGUGCAGGCGCAGGUGGCCGCCUACCGCAGCGCGGGCAAGCCGCACGCCGCCGACCGUCUGCAGGACCAGCUGUUGCUCGCGCAGAGCAAGUUGGAGGAAGCGGAGCGGCAGUACCUACAAACGGGCAGUGAAGCGGGCGCGGGCGGGCUGGCGGCGCGGCUGCGGCGCGCGGACGAGGCGCUGGCGGGCGUGCAGCGCGACGCGCACGAGCUGCAGCUGCGCGCCGCCGACCCCGACACCGUGCGCGCGCUGCUGCGCCGCUGUCUGAAAUUCUAUCGAACGCUCAGUGAAAUCAAAUCGGAAGUGGAGUCUAUCAUAAAGACUGGACGAAAAAUGGUAGAAGAGAAAUCUGUGCCGGAACCGCAAGAAUUCUCCAAGAAGAUCGACACGCUCAAAGAGCUGUACAACAAGCUAGGUGCACAUAUAACGGAGUCAAAAACGAGAUUGGAAACCGCUUUACUGACAGCGCGGGAAAUACAAAACGACCUGCAAUCGCUCACUUCCUGGCUCCAAGGGCUCGGGAACGUCGGCAAGCAGACGCUGGAACUGGAGAUGUCCAGAAUGGAAGCUAUCAAAGACAAGUUGAACGCAAAUUACGUCGAGUUCACCAAGAUCUGUGACCCCGUGCACUUGGAGAGCCUCCGCAACCAGAUCGACGAUAUUAACGAACGCUGGGAACAUUUGAAACGACACGGUUUGAAGAAGGAAACCGAGGUGGAGACUCUGCAGCGAUACCUCAAUGACAUCGACCAGGAGCUGGAUAGUCCCGAGACGAUGUCAGCGGCGAAACUAAAACUGUUGAAAACUGAGGUUCGAGCUAAAGCGAGCGAGGUGGAGGCGAUGGACAACAAGGCGCUCACCAAACAGUGGUCGAGAAUUGUCGAAAAAAUCACGGCUAAAGAAUCUAACGUAGAUGCGGUCGUAGUUUCGUACGAGAAUGUGACUGACACCAUUAAGAGACGAUUAGAGAGUCCGGUCAACUCGCCUGACACAGAGCGGCCUGAGUUGAAAAAAUCUAAAAUUCCCCUCGCGUUAAAAAGCCCUGUGCCUAUAAAGAAAGAGAUCAAAGAAGGCGGCAAUAGAAGUAGAGGGUCUUCUUUGGAAAGAAGACAAAAGAAAGCUGAUAGUCCAAUGUCGGAAAGUGUAACGAGUAACAUGUCUACAGAUUCUAUUGAAGGUUCCAUAUCAGUAAUGAGUUCAUUGCCUUCCACUCCCGGCACGCCUAAGAAAGAUAGUAGCACGUUUAAUUUAUUAAAAGAUAGCGACUUAUUCACUCAAAUAUCUAAUAACAAAAUCGAAGCAAAAGCUCCUGUUGAAGUUGAAAAACCGAAAGAAGAUCCGUGUCAAGUUGUAGAAGUUAAAGAGCAUGAAAUUAUGAAGUCUAGUGUCAGUCCGAUAGAGCCAAUGGAAAUAUAUCCAUCAGACACAGUUGAAAGUGUUGUCGAGUUUAUACCGCACACUGUGGAAACCGUGGAAAUUCUCGACGAUACUGAAGGUGAGUCUAUGGGUGAAUCAGAUGAUGACAAAGAUGGCAAAGAGGAACAGAAUGGGAAACGAUCCUCAGUUGACUUGGGAACGGAGCCAAAAACAUUCGUUAUCGAAGUAAAGAAAUUCGAGGAGCGAAUGAAGCCAACUCUUGGUAUAUUAAAACACAGAAGUAGCAGUGAAGAAAAGAAAAAGUCUGUGACAGUAAACGAUGUUCCUGAUUUGAUCCCCACUCAUGACGUAGAAGACAAUGACGUGUCGCUGAAAACGCCGCCACCAACGCCCAUGGAUGAGUCAGAAACUCUUGAAUGUCCUCUUCUCUAUGACUUGGCAUUACGACAGAAGGAAGUCCAAAAAAAUCUGUUGCGAGAUGAAGUUAACGAGUAUUUGAUUCUUGAUGAAGUGCCUAAAGAUCAAGCGGCGCUUCCUGAACCGUCUGCUACGGAAGUGUUAGCCAGCGAAACCAUAGACGUUAUUUGUAAUGAUAUACCCGUGAAGGUCGGUGUGGGUAUAAGUGGGUCAACGUUGGAGAGAUUGCGGCGGAAGUCUGGCAGUAGCGGAACGGAAGAGGAAGUCAUUUACUCUGAAGUCGAAGAUAUGCCGAAGGUACGACUGUCGUCAUCAGAUUUUGAUGAUAGAAAGCCUACGGCCACCUCUACGCCGAUCAAAGAUUCAAAGCAACAAGUACAAGUCGUUGCGAUGUCGCCCAAGCCGAGCCCCGAAAGCGAAGCUCUGGAGGAAGACAAGCACGUGUCGGCCAGCCCCGCGCCUGCGCACAAGUCGCACAUACCCGUCAGCAAAGACAGAAGGGGCGACAAAUAUAACAAAAUUGAUGAUUACGCACAGGUGUGCGAGGAGAGUGAGGGCGGCGAGGUGCGUGCGGUGGGGGCAGUUAGUGCGGGGGCGGGGGCGGGGGCGGGGGCGGGGGCGGGGGCGGGCGGCGACGUGGAGCUGGCGCAGUUCGAGGGCGAGGCGCAGCGCAUGUCGCGGCGCCUGCACGUGAUGCUGCUCACGCUGGGCGGCGUGGCCAGCGAGCGGGACCCCGCCAAGCGGCUCGAGAUCCUGAAGAACCAGCUGGGUGCCAUCGCGCCGGACGCCGCGGCGCUGAUCUCGCGCGGCGACAGCCUGGUGUACGCGCGCCACAGGGACAACCCGCAGCUCGCCGAGUACAUCCAGACUCACUUCCAGGACAAGCUGCGCAACAAGUGGUCGCUCGUCAUGUCCGAGAUCGAGCUCAAGCGCAACGCCGCCAUCAAGGCCGAGGACGACAUCAAGGAGCUCACCGGGCUCGUAGAGAAGCUGCAGCGCUGGGUGAAGGAAUUCGAGCAGAAGAUCAAGGCGGGAGACACGAAAGCGGACAUCGCGGAAGGGGAGAACGAGUACGAGAGGGUGCAGGAGCUGGUGCGCGAGCUGCGCGCGCAGAAGGUGGCCUUCCCCGAGCGCGCCGCCGCCGACGUGCUCGCGGCGUUCGGCUGCGUGCGCGACGCGUACGACGCCGCGCUCGUCAAGAGGGACAAGAAGGGCAAGGAAGCGGAGGGCGCGGAGGCGGUGCGGCGCGUGGGCGCGGCGCGCGCGGCGCUGGCGGCGGCCGGCGCGGGGCUGCGCGCGCAGCCGCUCAGCGGACCCGACUACCUCGACUUCCCGCUGCAGGAGGACGCGCUCGCCAAGAUAAAAGCGCUGAUGUCGGAAGCGGAGGUGCUGGUGGAAGAAGCAGAGGCAGCCCGGCGGCGCUGCGGCGCGGAGCGGGCCCGGCGCGGCGCCGCGCGCAUGCGGCAGGAGUGGGCCGCGCUGCAGGCUGCCUACAGCGAGCGGCACGACAGAUGGAGCCGUUGCCAGGCGACGUGGGCGAGCCUGUACGCGGCGCUGGAGAGCGGCGGCGAGGAGCUGGACGCGCUCGAGCAGGAGUUGGUCGAGCCGCCCGCAGACCCGCAGCAGCGUAGUGAGCUGGAGCAGAGGGUGGUUGCCGCAGCAGCUGCGGCGGCGCGCACGCAGGCGGCGGGGCGCGGCGUGGUGCGCGCGUGCGGCGGCGCGCUGGCCCGCGACGUGCUCGACCAGCUGCACGCGCUCAGCGACCGCGCGCACGCGCUGCUGCUGCGCCUGCGCGCCGCCGACACCAGCCACGCGAGCGGGUCGGACGGCAGCGCGGAGCAGCUGGCGCAGUUCGGCGCGGCGCUGCAGCGCGCGGGCGAGCUGCUGCAGACCACGGCCGCCAACCCCGCCGACCGCACCAGCCUCGCCGUGCGCCUGUCGCUCGUGCGGGCGCGGCAGGAGGAGCUGAGUGCGAGCGUGUCGCGCUGCGCCGCGCUGCCGCACGCGCGCUCCGCACCACUCGCGCUCAAACUCGCUGAGGCGCAGACGCAGCUGUCGCAGCACGGCGAGUACGUGGAGCGGCGGCUGGCGGCGCUCGCGCGCUUCUCCGCCAGGCUCGACGCCGCGCUCCAAGCGCUUGCUGCUAACCAGAAAUCGGAAGAGCUAGACGUCGAGGUGGGCUCGCUGCUAGAAGAGUACGAGGCGAUGGAGCGCGAGUGCAGCGGCGCGCGGCACAGCGUGGCGCCCGACGUGCGGGACCGCGUGCUGCGGCUGAGGGACCUGCGGGGGCCCGCGCGCAGGGCCCCGGGCGCAGAGGCCCCGGGGGCCACAGGGGCCCCGCCCGGUGAGCCGGCCCGCGACCAGAGCCCCGCGUCCGGUGAGUCGCAUGCCGGGUGGUGGGGCUACACACGCUGGGGUUCCCGGGUUUGUGUGGACAUUAGAUACAGAUUUGGUUGAUGUUGCAUUUAUUGUUGUUAUUUUUUCAUAGGCCUAUGUCCAGCAGUUGUCCUAGUAGGAUGAUCUAAAAUAUGAGAUGGUUUUGGUGUGUUGUGGUGUUGGCGAUGGAUAGAGG